UAACUGAUUUAGAAGGCGCUAAAGCUGUAGCCCGUAGACUAUUUGACAAUUACGACAAAGGUCGUAAAGGAAGACUUGACAAUGUAGAUUGUGUUCCAAUGAUAGUGGAAGCAUACAAAUCAUUUAAUUAAUAUUUUUCUCCUUCAAGUGAUGAUAUUAAAUCUUAUCAUAGAGUUUUAGAUAGAAACGGAGACGGGAUUGUUACUUAUUAAGAUAAUAGAAGAUCUUUGUAUUAGAUAUCUAUGUGGUGCAUAAUAAUAGACUUAAUAAAUUUAAGAUGGGCAAGAAUUUGAGAAGGUAAAGAAAAGAUUUAGAUAGGAGAAUGUUAAAAGGUCAGCUAAACCUGUUUAUACACCCGACGUAGAAAAAAAAUUAGAUGUAGCUAGAAGACUCUUUAAAAGAUACGAUAGUGAUGGAAGUGGGUAUUUGAAUGAUAAUGAAAUUUCAGGAUUGAUAAAGGAUACUUUUGCGGAAAUGGGUAUGAAUAAUUAUACUCCUAAUACUGAAGACGUUAGAAUAUGGCUUUAAAUGGCAGAUACUAAUAAUGAUGGAACUGUUUCACUUGAUGAAUAUGAAGAAUUGGUAAUUAGGGGACUUAAAAAUGCAGGAAUAAAAAUUGAAUAAUAAAGAAUAGUCUUUUGAAAUUUGAUUAUUUAUGUUUUUUUAAA